AUUUCAUCUGAACAGUCUACAAAGUCAUCCAACUUCCAACAACGCCAACAAUCCUCGCCUCCGGGGCGCAUGGAGCGACAAUACUAACAACAGCAGGAUCCGAUCACCGUCCACCAUUACCAUCGACAACGGCCACGAAAACACCAACCUCUCCACUCCAACCCCGUGUCGCAAUCCAUUUACCGACAACAGGCAGCCCCCCUUGAGUAUUCCACUUCGGCACAUGGUUUUCUAGAAGUCUACGCCUCGAUCGAUUUCUCGGGACCAGAAGGCGACCAUAACCCAAAAAGCCUCAAGUGGUAGCCGGCGCGAAAAUGCCAUCAUCUGAUGCCGUCCCAUCAUCACCCCCUGGUCCGGGCACAUCGCUUGAAGAUUCGUUAAAAUAUUAUAAAGCACAAUAUGAACAAUUGGAGGCAGACUUGGCCGACUUUCAAUCCUCGAGCAAAGAAUUGGAAGCAGAGUUGGAAAAGGAUAUUGAAGCAUCAGAAAAGCGCGAACGUCAGCUCAAAGACAAGGCCGCAAAUUUACAAUAUGAAGUCGACGAGUGGAAAGCCAAAUAUAAGCAGUCCAAAACUGAGGCCUCAAACGUGCAGAACGCUCUGCAAAAGGAAAUCACCGAACUUCGAGAUACUAACCGUACCCUUACAAUGCGACUUCGCGACAUCGAGGUUGCCAACGACGAUUUUGAGAGACAACAGCGCAAUACAGAAUCAUCGUUGGAAGAUAUGGAAUCCAAGUAUAACCAAACCAUUGAAAGGAGUGUGCUGCUCGAAGAUGAACUACGCACCGGCGAACAAGAGCGAGAAAGUUUGCGCAUCGAAGCGCAAAGGCUACGAGACGAACUCUCCGACCUGAAGAUCGAAACCGACAUCACUAAAGAGAAACUGCGGAAAGCCUUGGAGAAUUCCAUGCGACGACAGAAGAACUUGACACUACAGCCCAGUACCCUUUCAACCUCGCCUCGAUCCGAACUUUCUCCAACCACGACAAGCGCCUCUUCACCUACAUUCGACACUCCUCCCACAAAAACAGCCUCAUCUUCUGGACUUUCCGACACACCAACACCUCCCUCACCACCCAUCUCAAUCCGAUCCGCAACUGCAUCGAAGCCCUUGACAACACCCGGCCUAUCCAAAACACGAAUGUCAAUGACAAACGGCGGCCCCAUGCAACGUCCAGCUACUACUGCUUCCACAACACGACCCAAAGGCCAUGUACGCGGCCCCUCAGUCCCCGGCCUAUCACGAACCGGACCAUCGUCUUCCAUUCGCCAGAGUCUGUCUAAGCCUUUACCACCACGCACUACCGCUGGCCUCCCUCAGUCGGCAUCUCUCAUCCAUAUUAGGAAUUUGCGCGGCAAGAUGCAGAAACUAGAAGAGCGCGUAAUCAAUGCAAGAUCGCGACUCCCAGCUCCAGUCAACACUCCGCCCAAAGUGUCCCCACGGUCAGGAUCAGCCUUGGGAAAUCACAACCACAUCCCCUCAUCCGUCACAGUGCGCAGCCGCAAGGGUAUGAGAAACAGUAGUGUCAACGGGUCAGAUUCCUUGCCUGAUCCGAAGGCACAAGCACAAGACACUCCCUCCAGACCAAGACCGAGCCGCUUAUCUCUAAGUCAACAUCAACAUCAACAGCAGCCCCCGUCCCCAAUGAGAGGCGAAAUGCCUCCGCCCAGACCAUCAUCUCGAGCGAGUGGGCUCAGUGGACGCUCAUCUUUCGCGCCAGGACACAGUCGUCCAGGAAGUCGCGCGAGCGCAAGCGUAUCUGGAUUCCGCACACCUCUGGGUGGCGGGCUGGGGUCAAAAUUCGCGCCAAACGCAACGACAGACGCGGUCAGACCGAAGAGCAGUCUGAGCAGUUACGGCAGUGGGUACGAUGGGGCACUGGAUGAAGAUGAUGAAUUAGCAAUCAAUCCGUGGGACACGCCUGGUACAGCGGCUGCGGCUGCGGCUGCGGCUGUGACACCAACACCUCGACGGACGACGUUUUCGAAACGAACGAGUGAUGUGGGCACGGCGAUCCCAAGUCCGACGAAACGUACGAGUUUGGGCGGUGCGCAAGCAAAGCUUGGUGGUGGGCCGGGAAGAAGGCAGAGUUCGGGGUUUGCGCCUCCUUCGACCGCUGAGAUGAGGCCGCCUUCACGAACAAUGAAUCAUGUUCAGGAAGGGAGACCGUCGUCACGACAAUUGAACCAUGUUCAGGAGGGGAGACCGUCAUCACGGCAAUUGAAUCAUGUUCUGGAGGGGAGACCGUCGUCACGACAGCAAUUCAAUCAUGUUCAGGAAGGGAGACCGUCAUCACGGCAAUUGAACCAUGUCCAGGAGGGGAGACCGUCAUCACGGCAAUUGAAUCAUGUUCUGGAGGGGAGACCGUCGUCACGACAGCAAUUCAAUCAUGUUCAGGAAGGGAGACCGUCAUCACGGCAGUUGAAUCAUCUCCAGGAGGGCAGACCGUCAUCACGACAAUUGGAUCUUGUCCAGGAGGGUUAUGACUUGAAUGAGACGUUUUGAUUUGAAUGACAACGUCUGGAUGAAUUCGGUUGACUCGGGCAUCGGGUGCUUGGUAAUCAACUGCAUUGGCAGACUUUUUUGCAUGUCACGACACUUGAUGAUUACACGUUCGCGGGGUUAGCGACAGCGUGGAGUGAAUUCUGUCGGGACACUUGGUUCGUUGGCACACUUACCAGUAUGUCCUUGUCGAGUCUACAGUAGUGUCUAGAGUAGGUAUCACGAUAUAUUUUGACAGAGAAAAUGAGACGAGUUGAUGUUGCAUGA